CUUCCGGUGAAAAUGGAUAGUCUGCUUUUUUUGAUUUUGUGUCUUGUAUCAUUAUUUAUAGCAAAUUAUGGAAUGGGCAGUACUGAUUUUAGGAUUCCUUUGUAUUCAACUAAAACACCAUAUUUCUGGGGAAAAGAUAUAGAUGAAUUUAUACGGGAAGAUGAGGAAAUUUGGGUUGAUUAUGACAAUAAAGAAUGUCAAAUUAUUCAUUUGAACUUAAUUCUUAGACAUGGGUCUAGAUCACCUACUUUAUCUUGGAUAAAGAAAAUGACAGUUCUUGGAAAUAUCCUUAAGACCAACCCUGAGGUUCUUGAACGGUUUCCAUUUCUCAAUUCAUGGGAAAAUCCUUUCCCAGAAACACAGGCUGGUCAUCUGUCUGACCUAGGAGAAGAUGAACAUUUUUCACUUGGGAGGAGAUUUGGGCAAAGGUUUAGUUUACUAUUUACUGGUGAUUUGGAAAACAUUCUCUAUGGUGUCACAUACAAGCAGCGAACACAGGCAAGCUGUGCUUCAUUUUACGAGGGUUUAACUGACACAUUGGAUGGGGAAUCAAGGGAAAAUGUGAAGCCUGCAAUAAAUGAUAAACUCUUGAGGUUCUUUGACACUUGUUCCAAAUAUAUUAAAUCAGUUGAAAAUAAUAAAACAGCUGCCCCAGAACAUACUUCAUUUAAGUAUGGAGCUGAGAUGCAAAGAAUUGCUCAAAAGAUUGCUGAUAAACUUGGACUAAAGACUUUAAAUUCAGAAGAAGCCCAGACAAUUCACCAUUUAUGUGCCUUUGAGCUAGCAAUGUUUGAUAAGUCUGAUUGGUGUGGUAUGUUAGAAAAAGAAGAUUUAUUUAUAUUUGAAUAUCUUUAUGAUUUGAAGCAAUACUGGAAAAGAGGUUAUGGUCACUCAGUUAACUGGGGAAUGUCAUGUCCAUUUAACAGCAAUGUAUUCAAACAGCUAAAUGAUGUGAUCUAUAAAGCUAGGAAUGGUGAAGAUUAUAAUGUGGCAGAUAUACAGUUUGCACAUGCAGAAACUAUCAUUCCAAUUUACACAGCAUUUGGUUUAUUUAAUGAUUCUGUUCCACUAAAAGCUGAUAAUUAUGAAGCUCAAAAAGAACGACAAUUUAGAACAAGUAAGAUAGUACCAAUGUCUGCCAGUUUUGGCAUAGGACUAUACCAGUGUGAGGCCAGUGAAAAUACAGAAGAAGAGGUUUAUGUUGUUAGAAUGUUCGUCAAUGAAAAGCCUAUUGUAAUACCUGCAUGUGAACAGGAAAUAUGUGAAUAUAAACAAUUUAUGAAGUAUUAUGAUGACUUAGUCAAUUGUAAUUAUGCAGAAAUAUGUGAGAAUAACAAACUUCAUGAUGAAUUGUGAUGAAGGCUUCCCAAUAAUGAGGAAAUUAACACAUCAGUCUCAGUCUCAGGAAAAGUAAUUAACUGCUUUAUUCCAAUUCAAAUGUAGUAUUUGAAGAGUAAGAUACACUCUUGAAUUUAUUGCAUUUUUGGAAAUAUCAAAGACCAUUAUGAUCUUUUUUCAACUUUUGCAAACAAAUUACUACUAAGAUUUUUCUAUAAUUUAAAAACAACAGGGAGAAGAAAACCUAAGGGGGCUAUAAACAGUUUCGUAUAAAAAACUAGGGGUUAUUCCCUGACUAAAAAUAGACAUGGAGGGAAGUCCCUUUUUAUCAACAUAAUUGGUGAAAAAGUAUCAUGUUUUUUGUAUUUGAUUGUAAAAAUAAGUUAAUUAGCUUUAAUUAAGACAGGUUGAAUGAUUAAAAAGGUUUUAAAAAAUUAGAUUAAAUACACAUGUUUUGAGGGGAGACAAACUGUAAACAUCCUGUUUUUUUGGCAGUGAAAAGUGCAAAACUUAUUUGCACCCACUGUAGCUCUUUUCGGAGCAGGCGAACAUAGCCUGAAGCAUAAUUUUUUAGAAAGACCAGGUAAAAACCUAUGAAAUUCAUAAAGUUUUGAUUAUGAAAAAUGUGCAUGUAUCAUGUCUACAUGGGUGUGCAUAUGGCCUGAUUUCAGGUUUUUUAUGCAUAGAUUAGGUAAUGUUUCCCCAUUUUCUCUGGAUAAAACUUUUUGGUACUAUUAAAAGUACAAUUUAUUUUUAUUUCAUUAUAAACUAGAGAAAAUUCUGAUUCUAAUGAUAUUUAGUUUUAUACAAGUAUCUUUAUUAACAUUAACACCACUAAGGGUCAAUUAUAAAUGGUCCCUCAAAAUAUGACGUCAUAGAAAAAAAUUGUUGAUUGCACCCUAAGAUAAUAAUUGUAGUUUUUACAUCAAAGGAUAUGAAACAUGUAGGAUAUAAGUCAUUGCUAUUCAAAGUGGAAUUUUAUAUUUCUUUGUUUACAGGAACAAGAACUACAUUUUGAUAUUAGUUUGACUUGAUUAUCAUGAUUAUAGCUGCAAAUUUCUCUCCACCAUUAGCAAUUAAUUCAAAAUUCUUAUUAAAUUGCAAGCUGGUCAGAAAUUUGAACAAACUGAAGAAACAGUGUCAAUCAUGCUUGCAAUCCAUUAGAAUUGAAAACCUUUUCAUCAGGUUUAUGCCUUCAAAAAUAUAGUGGCUUAAAUUUGAAAGAUAUGUUUAUUGUAAUUUUAAUUUGUUGUAUUUCAUUUAUUUGUUGAAUUAAUUAUGUAUUAAGAAUGUUUGUUGAUCUCUAAAUAUUUUCCCGCUUAUUUUAUUGUUGGGUUGAUGACUCAUUCCCAUGAAUCCAUAUCUCUUUUAAUUAUUAUUUAUAAAUACAUUGAAAAAAGAAAAUUUCAAAUGCCUCAGAACAAAUUUUAGUAUUAACCCAUGACCACAAUCUUGGUUGACACUUAUAUUUUGUAUAUAUAGAUUCAUUGAUAAUGUUAUAAGUUUCUAUUGUACCUGCAUUAACAUGAUUAAGAACUUGUAUGAAACUAGAGACUUUCAAUUAUUUUAAAAAUUCAAUCAUAAUCAGUCAUGCAGGCAACACAUUACAGUGUGUGCACUCUGUACAUUAUAGGUAAAAGGUCCGAAAUGUGAUCCAUACUAUAAACAGGUGGAUAUUGGAUCAAUAUACCUAUAAGAUAUAACUAUGUAAUGAAAUCUAUUACUCACUGAAUUUAUUUUAAAUAAUCAGGCUCGGAAAAAAUCAUGACAAGGAAAAUAAAUUGGCAAAUUUUCCUCAAUAAUCUGUUUUUUUCUGACUUUUUCAAAUGAAUUACGAAAGAUGAAGAUUAAUUGUACCACAUCUCUUUAUUUUAAUAUUGUAUGGACAAAACUGUCGGACAAAAGCUUUAUUGAAUAGUACACCUGAUUUGAAAAUAUGUCUUUAAUACUUUUUAUUUUUAAUAUGUUAAUAUUUUGAAUCAGUUGACGAUUGGAUUGAAUUUAUUCAGUUCAUGCAACUGAGAAGAGUAACUCUGCUCUGAAUAAUUCAAUAAACUGGCUAGUCUGUCAUGGAGCUAUAGGAAAAAUAUCAUUAUUUUAUGCAAAUCAUUUAACAGUUUUAAAUCAUGAUAAUUUACAUGUAAAAUUUGCCAUGUUACUGGUGCUACUACUUAGUUAAUAUAUCCAAACUUUUGGGGUUGUUACUUCCCUUUGCUUGCACCAGGACAGUUCAUUUAGUGCAUUAUUGUUUUUAUUUAAUUAUGAUGUUGGUUUAAUUUCUUUGAUGAGGGAUUUUUUUUAUCCCUCCCUUUUCAAAGAAAACUUUUUUUUUUUUUCUUUUUCCACAGUUUGACAAAAAUAUCUUUGAUAAUGAAAGUUAUUUCUUAAAUGCUGUAUGACAACUUAAUCAAAAAAGUCAUUGUUUAUAUGUUAUUUUUGAAGGUUAGUUUAUUUACAUUUUAUAAAUUACUUUUACAAUUGAGUA